GACUCCCCCUCCCCUCGGCCCCUCAGGCCGGGGGUGACCUUGCCCCCUGGAGUCCUCACCAUGAAUACCAAGGACACCACCGAGGUUGCUGAGAACAGCCACCACCUGAAGAUCUUCCUCCCGAAGAAGCUGCUGGAGUGUCUUCCUCGAUGCCCAUUGCUGCCUCCAGAACGGCUACGGUGGAAUACAAAUGAGGAGAUUGCAUCCUACCUGAUCACCUUUGAGAAGCAUGAUGAGUGGCUGUCCUGUGCCCCAAAAACACGGCCUCAGAAUGGAUCCAUCAUCCUCUACAACCGCAAGAAAGUGAAAUACCGAAAGGAUGGUUACCUGUGGAAGAAGCGGAAGGAUGGCAAGACCACCCGAGAGGACCACAUGAAGCUCAAGGUCCAGGGCAUGGAGCCUGUCUCCUGGCAGUGUCUCUAUGGCUGCUACGUUCACUCUUCCAUCGUCCCCACAUUCCAUCGGCGCUGCUACUGGCUGCUCCAGAACCCUGAUAUCGUCCUUGUACACUACCUGAACGUCCCAGCCCUUGAAGACUGUGGAAAGGGCUGCAGCCCCAUCUUUUGUUCCAUCAGCAGCGACCGGCGAGAAUGGCUGAAGUGGUCCCGGGAGGAGCUGUUGGGACAGCUGAAGCCCAUGUUUCAUGGCAUCAAGUGGAGCUGCGGGAACGGGACAGAGGAGUUCUCUGUGGAACAGCUGGUGCAGCAGAUAUUGGACACUCAUCCGACCAAGCCUGCACCCAGAACCCAUGCCUGUCUCUGCAGUGGGGGCCUUGGUUCUGGAAGUCUUACCCACAAAUGCAGCAGCACGAAACAUCGUAUCAUCUCUCCCAAAGUGGAGCCCCGAGCUUUAACCCUGACCUCUGUACCCCACUCCCAGCCACCCGAGCCUCCUCCUCUGAUAGCUCCGCUUCCUCCAGAGCUCCCCAAGGCACACACCUCCCCAUCUUCAUCAUCAUCUUCCUCCUCCUCCUCUUCUUCAGGCUUCGCAGAGCCUUUAGAAAUUAGACCUAGCCCUCCUACCUCUCAAGGUUCUAGAGGAGGUACUGCCAUCCUCCUCCUGACGGGACUGGAACAGCGUGCUAGGGGCCUGACACCCACCAGACACUUGGCUCCCCAGGCUGAAAAUAGGCCUUCUGUGAGCUUGGCUGUGGUUGUAGGUUCUGAACCCACUGCCCCGCCAGCUCCUCCAAGCCCUGCCUUUGACCCUGAUCGUUUUCUCAACAGCCCUCAAAGGGGCCAGACAUAUGGAGGGGGCCAUGGAGUAAGCCCAGAUUUCCCUGAGGCAGAAGCUGCUCAUACCCCCUGUCCUGCCCUAGAGCCCGCUGCUGCUCUAGAGCCCCAGGCAGCCACUCGAGGUCUCCCUCCACAGGCAGGAGCAGGUGGGAAACGAGGAAACUGUUUCUUCAUCCAAGAUGAUGAUGGUAGGGAGGAGCUCAAGAGCCAGGGAGUUGCUCCACCGGUACCUUCACCCCCUCCUUCAUCCCCAUCCUCCCCUGCCCCUCUGGAGCCAUCAGGCAGGGUAGUAAGAGGGGAGGCCUUGUUUGGAGGACCUGGUGGAGCCAAUGAGCUGGAGCCCUUUAGUCUUUCGUCAUUCCCAGACCUAAUGGGAGAACUCAUCAGUGAAGAAGCUUCAAGCAUCCCUUCCUCAACACCCCAGCUCUCACCCGCUCUUAGCACCAUCACCGACUUCUCUCCAGAGUGGUCCUACCCAGAGGGUGGGGUCAAGGUGCUUAUCACAGGCCCUUGGACGGAGGCUGCAGAACAUUACUCCUGUGUCUUUGAUCACAUCGCAGUGCCAGCCUCGCUUGUCCAGCCUGGUGUCUUACGCUGUUACUGUCCUGCCCAUGAAGUAGGGCUGGUAUCUUUGCAGGUGGCUGGGCGAGAAGGGCCCCUCUCUGCUUCUGUGCUCUUCGAGUAUCGAGCCCGCCGCUUCCUGUCUCUGCCAAGUACACAGCUUGAUUGGUUGUCACUGGAUGACAACCAGUUCCGGAUGUCCAUCCUGGAGCGGCUGGAGCAGAUGGAGAAGCGGAUGGCAGAGAUUGCAGCAGCUGGGCAGGCCCCUUGCCAGGGUCCUGAGGCUCCUCUAAUUCAGGAUGAAGGCCAGGGUCCUGGGUUCGAGGCACGGGUGGUGGUGUUGGUAGAGAGCAUGAUCCCACGAUCUACCUGGAGGGGUCCUGAACGUCUGACUCAUGGAAGCCCCUUCCGGGGCAUGAGCCUUCUGCAUCUGGCUGCUGCCCAGGGCUAUGCCCGCCUCAUCGAGACCUUGAGCCAGUGGCGGAGUGUGGAGACUGGAAGCUUGGACUUAGAGCAAGAGGUUGACCCGCUCAACGUGGAUCAUUUCUCUUGCACCCCUCUGAUGUGGGCUUGUGCCUUGGGACACCUGGAAGCUGCUGUGCUCCUCUUCCGUUGGAACCGACAGGCGCUGAGGAUUCCUGACUCCCUGGGCCGUCUACCCCUGUCUGUGGCUCAUUCGAGGGGGCAUGUGCGCCUUGCCCGCUGCCUUGAGGAACUGCAGAGACAGGAAGCUUCAGUUGAGCCCCUCCUUGCCCUGUCGCCACCUUCCUCCAGCCCAGACACUGGUCUCAGCAGUGUUUCUUCACCCUCAGAGCUGUCGGAUGGCACUUUCUCCAUCACAUCAGCCUAUUCUAGUGCUCCAGAUGGGAGUCCUCCCACUGCUCCUCCACCAGCCUCUGAAGUUACUAUGGAGGAGAUGGUCUCAGGCCCACUCUCCUCUGGUGCACCAGAAACCCCCCUACUCAUGGAUUAUGAGGCCACCAACCCCAAAGGGUCCUCACCUUCCCCUCCUGCCUUCCUGCCAGCCCCAGAUGAUGGGGCUGCUCCAGAGGAUGCCGACAGCCCAUCAGCUGUGGAUGUGAUCCCGGUGGACAUGAUCUCACUGGCCAAGCAGAUCAUUGAAGCCACACCAGAGCGGAUUAAACGAGAAGACUUCGUGGGGCUUCCUGAGGCUGGAACCUCAAUGCGGGAGCGAACAGGCGCGGUGGGCCUUAGUGAGACCAUGUCCUGGCUGGCCAGCUACCUGGAGAAUGUGGACCAUUUCCCUAGCUCAGCCCCUCCCAGUGAAUUGUCCUUUGAGCGAGGUCGCCUGACUAUGCCUCCAGCACCUUCCUGGGCAGAGUUCCUCUCUGCAUCUACCAGUGGCAAGAUGGAAAGUGACUUUGCCCUGCUGACACUCUCAGAUCACGAGCAACGGGAACUGUAUGAGGCAGCCCGGGUCAUCCAGACAGCUUUCCGGAAGUACAAGGGGCGGAGGCUGAAGGAGCAGCAGGAGGUAGCAGCAGCUGUGAUACAACGCUGUUACCGGAAGUACAAGCAGUUUGCACUCUAUAAGAAGAUGACCCAAGCAGCCAUACUGAUCCAGAGCAAAUUCCGAAGCUACUAUGAACAGAAGCGAUUUCAACAGAGUCGGAGAGCCGCGGUGCUCAUCCAGCAGCACUACCGCUCCUACCGCCGCCGGCCGGGCCCUCACAGGCCUUCAGGCCCCCUGCCAGCCCGCAACAAAGGCUCCUUUCUCACUAAGAAGCAGGACCAGGCAGCCAGGAAGAUCAUGAGAUUCCUGAGGCGCUGCCGACACCGGAUGAGGGAAUUGAAGCAGAACCAGGAGCUGGAAGGGCUUCCCCAGCCAGGCCUGGCCACCUGACCUCGCCACCGGCGGGGGUGGGGGGUUGGGGGGGGCACCUCUGGCAGUCGUAA